CUCCGCCGCUCGGCUCCCCAGGCCUGGUCCCUGCCCGCUCGUGCCCCUUCCCCCUCCCGGCCGCUUCCCACUUCCAAGAUGGCCGCGGGUGGAGCCGACCAGUUUCUCCUUGGACCAAGAUGACUGAUGGAAACCUCUCCACCUCUACAAAUGGCGUAGCCUUGACGGGCAUUCUGGAUGGUCGGCCGGGAAACCACAUUCAGAACCUGCAGCACUUGAGUCUCAAGGCACCCAGAUCCCUCUCGUUGCAAGAGUAUGGGCCCAAGCUGAAACUUGGUCCUUUAGAAGAUCGGCACAGCCUUAAGUCCGUGGACUCGGGCAUUCCUACACUUGAGAUCAGUAACCCGGAACCUGUCCCCUGCAGCGUGGCCCACGUGAAGAGGAAGCCGUCGGUGUCGGAGAUCAUCCCCGAGCGAGCUUGCCAGAGCGCGUGCCCACUGCCGUCCUACACGCCCCCAGCUCCCAGCAGCGCCGAGUGGGAGCAGAGCGUGCGGAAGUCGUCCACAUUCCCCAGGACAGGCUAUGACUCGGUGAAGCUCUAUAGCCCCACCUCCAAAGCCCUGAACCGCAGCGACGAUGUCUCUGUUUGCAGCGUGUCCAGUCUCAGCACAGAGCUGUCAACCACACUGUCCGUCAGCAAUGAGGACAUCUUGGACCUCGUGGUCACGAGCAGCUCCAGUGCCAUCGUGACCCUGGAGAGUGACGAUGACCCACAGUUUACUGAUGUCACCCUGAGCUCUGUCAAGGAGACUCGUGAGCUGCGCCAGCAGGACUGUGUGGAUGGAACUGAGGAUGGGAGUAAACUGAAAAUUUUGGGACCACUUAGUAGCCUCUUCACCAGGAAUUUGCUUGCUAGAAAACAGAAUGCAAGACUUGACAAACAAAAUGACUUGGGAUGGAAGUUAUUUGGAAAAGUACCACUUCGAGAGAAUGCUCAGAAAGAUUCAAAGAAAAUACAAAAGGAAUAUGAAGACAAGGCUGGACGACCUAGCAAGCCACCCUCUCCAAAGCAGAAUGUGAGGAAGAAUCUUGAUUUCGAGCCACUGUCCACCACCGCACUCAUCCUGGAAGACAGACCAGCAAAUCUCCCAGCAAAGCCAGCUGAAGAAGCCCAGAAGCACAGGCAGCAGUACGAAGAAAUGGUGGUCCAGGCCAAGAAACGAGAGCUGAAGGAGGCCCAGCGGAGGAGAAGGCAGCUGGAGGAGAGGUGCCGACUGGAGGAGAGCAUUGGCAAUGCCGUCCUUACCUGGAACAACGAAAUUUUGCCUAACUGGGAAACAAUGUGGUGCUCUAGAAAAGUUCGAGAUCUAUGGUGGCAGGGAAUCCCUCCCAGCGUGAGAGGCAAAGUCUGGAGCUUAGCCAUCGGCAACGAAUUAAACAUCACCCAUGAGCUCUUUGACAUCUGUCUUGCCCGAGCCAAGGAGAGGUGGCGGUCCUUUAGCACGGGAGGCUCUGAAGCGGAGAACGAAGAUGCCGGGUUUUCAGCCGCAGACAGAGAAGCCAGCUUGGAGCUUAUUAAACUGGACAUUUCUAGAACGUUUCCUAAUCUCUGCAUUUUCCAGCAAGGUGGUCCAUAUCAUGACAUGUUGCACAGUAUUUUGGGCGCUUAUACUUGUUACCGACCGGAUGUGGGUUAUGUCCAGGGCAUGUCCUUCAUAGCGGCCGUGCUCAUCCUGAACCUGGACACUGCAGAUGCCUUCAUUGCUUUUUCUAAUCUUUUGAAUAAACCCUGUCAAAUGGCAUUUUUCCGAGUGGACCAUGGCCUUAUGUUGACCUAUUUUGCUGCAUUUGAGGUAUUCUUUGAAGAAAAUUUGCCGAAAUUAUUUGCUCAUUUCAAGAAAAACAACUUAACUCCAGACAUCUACCUAAUCGAUUGGAUCUUUACCUUGUAUAGUAAAUCUUUGCCCCUGGAUCUGGCCUGUCGUAUCUGGGAUGUGUUCUGUCGUGACGGGGAAGGGUUCCUGUUCCGGACGGCCCUGGGCAUCCUGAAGCUGUUUGAGGACAUCCUGACCAAGAUGGACUUCAUUCAUAUAGCCCAGUUCCUGACGAGGCUCCCAGACGACCUGCCCUCGGAGGAAGUGUUUGCUUCCAUAGCUACGAUUCAGAUGCAGAGUCGAAACAGGAAGUGGGCUCAGGUGCUGACUGCCUUGCAGAAGGACAGCCGGGACACGGAGAAAGGAAGCCCGUCUCUCAGACACUGAGCGGCCGGCAGACUCACGCUCGGCCCCAGAGCAGAUUUCCCGGCGGCACCCGCGUUGUUUCAGACGGGCUCACUGACAGCUGAGAAGAACGGGCUCUUUCCGUGUUUGAUCCUAACACUGACGUUGGCCUUAAACAACUUUUAAAGAACUAAAGCGAGGCUUCGCCUUAAGCAGCUCAGUGGAACGAUGAGCUAGUGUUGGCCACGGCCAGCCCUGCGUAUUCUGCAUGGUGUAAAAAUAAGGCAGUGGCUAACCCCCCCCUUACUUCACAAAAGUUAAUUAAAUUGUCAUGCUUUUACGUCAACUGAUGAAAAGUACAUCACAGUCUUCCUUAGCCAAGGUGCGUGACAAAUGCUACUUAGGAGGCCUUGAGGCGUUACUGGCUCAUUGACCUGCUUGAGGGAGGAAGGAGUUGUUGAUUCAGUUCACCAAGAGAACCGUUCCAGGGCUGGGGUCCUGUUUUUAAAGCCCACCUACCAAAGAUAGCAUGAAAGGAAAGCUCACCCAGCCUGCCCGUGGGCUCCCUGGGAGUCGACCUGACUUUCAGGUUGGCCUUUCUCCAUUGUCGGCUUGACAGAAUCAGAGCAUGAGAGCUGAAAAUGGCAGCUUGGGUUCCGGGGAACCCCUGCUGUCCCCUGAGAUUGCUCCCCCCCAUCUCCUGAGCAGGAGGAGCUGCUCACACAGGAGGCCCGAGACGGGAGACAGGCUUCAGCCCCCCACACCUCCUGUGUGCAGAGGCUGGGGUGGCGGGGGCAGCCUGCGCCUUGCUCUCCCAGAAUGCCGCUCUUUCUUCUGUCACCCGAGCGGCAGGAUCAGUCCUGAGUAGCAGCGGUUCCCUCCUUGCGCCUUUGGUUUAAAGAGAGACUGUUGAGCGGGCGGAGGAGUGGCCGCACGCGGACGGCCUUGUCGGGGCUCCCAGCGUUUGUCCCGUCGGCCUCUCCCCGUUUAGCUGGGUUUCCCCCAAGUUCAUCAGCAACUUUCUUGUUCAAACUUUUCCUUGACUGACUUUAAGCAUUUUGUUACGAGCGCUGUGUCAUGCACAUUCGAAGCCGUGAGCAGUUUUCACACAGAAGAGCCUGGAGGACGGGCAGGUUGUGGAGACCGGUCCCCACGCGCUGAUCCGGCUGAUGUGCUGUGUCCACGAGUGCUCGGGAGACCCGGUCGGAGGGCGCUCUGCUGCCCCCUCAGCCACACUCCCCGGGGGGACGUCCCCCGGCUGCCCUCGGUGCUGACUUGGGGAGCGCCCCGGGCUCCGAGAGCCGGCCUUCCACGAGGUGGGGCAGGGGCGGCGGCCUCCCUGCGGCCUCGCUCUCCUGAGCCUUCUGCGGUGGCACAGGCAGGGGCAGGGGCCGCGCCGAGGCCGUGAGUCCCAUUUCCUGGACUUGCUUUGUCCCCCUGUCUUCUUGACUGAGCUCUCCAGGGAGGUUGUGGGGCAUCUCGGACCCACGCUCUGCCUCAGCCUGGAAGUGCUGACCCGGCUGCGCUCUCGGAGGAGGCGGGGUCCCGUCUUUGCGGGGGCUCGCGCUUCCAGACACAGCCAGCCCGCCACUGUGCUGCCGAAUGUCACCCCGCUGACCCCCGGGCGCGGCCCUCUGCCCACAUGUGCUGAGUGUCAUUCCUGGACAUGGGCUUUCUGUUCUGAAAGGUGUAUAUAUUUUCUUACCGUACGUACAGAUGUUCCUCAGCCGGGACAGGAAGGGCCGCUGCUGCAGGACGCGUCCGUGGCUCGUCCCGCGCGUUCGAACCCCAGCCCUUAACACUUCGUCGGGCAGUCUGCCAUCCGUCUCUUGGGACUUCCAUCACCACGUAUGCAUUAAGUUUUUUAACGGGAUUCCGUGCCGAUCCGGAAUACUUACCAAAUCUCUAGCUCACAAGAGGUUUCCAUGACCUGUUCGGGGACCGCCCGGGGUCUUGUCGGUUGGCUGUGUCCACCCCAGAGGCUGGGAGCUCGGGCUGCGUGGCUGCUUUCUGUGGGGUCGGGCUGCUCUCUCGGACCCCAUCGUUUAGAAAAACGGGGGAGCCGACUGAAAGGCCACGCCCCCUGCAAGUCUGCACUUUCUGGUCCCAAGCCACGGGUUGUCCGGAUCUAAGACUUGGGGCUUGGGACCUUGUGCAUCUGGCACUUUAGAGUCGAAAGCCGCAUCCCCACCAGUCCCUGAAAGCCCAUCUAGAAACAAUGUUCACUUUAAAAGGUACUUUUUAACUGCUCAGUUUUUGACUAUUUUGAAUAGUUUGCUGAUAGAAACUUCCUGAUAAUACUUGCUACAUAUCAUGUUUUAAUUGCUUGUACAGUUAACCUUUAAUUUUAUUUAGUAAAGUCUAUCGUUAGGACUUUUUGAAUUGUAAAUAUGUGGUUUUAUUAAAUAAAGUCAUGUAAAAUUGUUA